AUGGCUGAAAAUCAGGAAAAAGGAAAAGACUUUUUUAGAAGGUUAUUGAGCGGGAAUAGUUCUAGGCCGAGUUUACUGAGAGGGGAUCCCCAUGAGAGGGGGGUUACGGGUUCUGCAAGGCGAGCCAGGCAGGAACAGGCGGCCGGACAUAGUCAGGCCCAAUGUUCGACUACCCUAGACCAUUCUGUCAGUCGGGAAGAGUCGGUCGGUCAUGAUGAGUCUGUCGGGCAUCCUGUUGAUUGGACGCUUGUCAGAGGGCAUGCCAGUCAAUUUAAGAUUAGAGGGCAUGGCACAGCUAACACUUCUGAUCACGUAGGAGUCAGCCAGGUUGAGGAUGUGGCUCCACGGGGGAGGAGGCGCUCACAAUUCGCGGAUAUGGACUGGUUGAUCACAUCACCCCAGCCCAAGGGCCUUGUUGACACCAGUUUAAUACCCAGCUACGGUGGGCACGUAGCGAAGGUUAUAUUUGAGGAAUCGGAGCGCACGCCUCCGAUUUUGGAUUGUCGCCCUAGGAAGAGGACGUUGGAGGCGAUCAUCAGACUACAAGACAUGUCUGAUGAGCUGUACAGGGUGUUACCUGCCACUCCUCUAGGUCGUCUGCCGUACAUAAUGCACCAUCACAUUGAUAGUGCUCUUAUUACGGCCUUUGUGGAGAGGUGGCAGCCUGAUACCAACACCUUCAACAUGCCAUGGGGAGAGAUGAUCAUAAUGUUGCACGAUGUGCAACGCAUUUUAGGAGUUGGCACUAACGAUUCACUUCCCGCUGAACCUGUUGAUAGUGACUAG